UUUUCAAAUUUCAAAACAAAACGUAUUUUUGUUUGUUUCUAAUUACACAAAAUUUAUUAAACUUUAUUUGAGUGUUUGAGUCGGUUUAUAUAUUGUUUGAAUUCAAAAUGUCCAUGGUUGAAGAAGAAGUGGUAGUUGCACCGUGGGUUGGACCUACAAGUUGUAAAAAUACAUUAUCAGUGAUCGUGCUCUCAUUCAAUAAUGAUAUCAUUGAAAAACUUUCAAAAGCUCUCACAGAAGUCCACGACAAAGGGGACUAUCAUUGGAAACUAAUUGUACUGAAGUCGUUUUAUCUUGAAGAAGUGGUAAAACGGUCUGACCUUACCGGGAAGAUCGGUAUCGACUUCGUUAUAUUAGCAAUAGACACAAGUCGACUAUUCUGCUUAAAAUGGGCAAGAAAUGCCUUGCUGCAAGUGAAUUCAGAUUUAAAGAUUCGCCGUGUGGUGCUUGUAAAUGCUAGUGGACUUCCAGUGAACGCGAUGGCAAUAAGUGCCAGUGAUCUGAUAAAUUUCCAAAACGAAAUGAAACUCGACAUUCUAACUGCAAAUGUGUUUGAUCCUGAGAAUGCUACAUUUUUGGCGCGCAGAUUACUGAAGUACAUAGAAGUGUCUAUUGGUGUUAAAACUGGUAUUCCUAAUCUUAAUGUAUGAUCAACAAUUAUAUUGUAAGUGUAAAUAAUAACAAUUAAGGUGUUUGAAUUUACCCAGUACCUAAGGAGGUGUUCACACACUUACUGUAUAAGCACAUAUCAGAGUGUUGAUGCUUUAAAUUAGAGAGUUUCUUCUAUAGUCAUCUAUAAACUACAUAAUAUUUUAAUGCGAAGUUGCAGAAAAGCAAACACAAGUUGUAUUUGUUCUGAACAUGUAUAAUUGCAUAGGAUCCUAAAACCCUAGUUUGUUAACUCUCCAAACCUUAGUCACUGGUUAACAUACUGGGUUUUGCGGAUAUAGCCUUAUACUCUUAGCCCUUAUAGACGUCGCGAAGAACCUAACGGGUAACCAGGGCUCCGGCUCAACGU